CAACUUCGCAACCUUGUCCAAACACACAAACUGCAUCAACACAUGCUCAAUUUAGGAAACUUAGGAAACUUCCCAUCAACUUCAAAUAUAAAAAUCAAUUGACAGUGAUUAAAUUGCAAUUGCAGGUCUUGGGUCAAAGGAUUUACUAAUUGCGUAUACAAGCAUUCAUUUAUAUUUAUCAAAUCAACUCAGCAUCUCUCAUUAACAUUCUCAUUCAAGAACUUAUCAUUCAUCAGCAUUCAUCAUUCAUGGAAUCGGUCUCAUCAGAUAAUGAUGAUCAAUCAGAUCAAAUCAAUCCAUCAGUUCAAACAUCCACCACUACAAGCUCAACCAAUUCAUCUUCAUAUCGAGUUCCAAACCCACCAACAGAAACUCCAUUAGCUUAUCAUGCAGUCAUCUCCCUCUUUCGAUUCGUACUAGCGAUCUUCUUCUCUAGGAUAGUCAUCGAAAACAUAGAUCAAAUUCCGACCAAUGGACAACCGACGAUCGUCUUAGCAAAUCAUUCAAACUCAUUAACAGAUGCACUUAUCAUCAUGUCCUCAAUCCCACGUCAUGCUCGUAGAAUGCUUAGAAUGACAGCUAAAGCAACUCAUUUUCGUAGAGGAACGUUUUCAUCUUGGUUGAUCGAAAAAGCAGGAUCAGUACCAUUACAAAGAUCUAAAGAUUAUACAAAUCAUCAAACGAUUGAUAAUUCAUUAGCCAGAAAGAUGUUGAUUGAUGCAUUGUGUGAAAAUGGAGAUGCGAUUUGUUUGUUUCCAGAAGGAAUUUCAAGAUAUCAUCCAUCGAUUGCACCACUUAAAACGGGUACUGCUAGAAUCGCAUCAGAUGUACUUUAUAAAGAAAAAGAAAAUGAUCAGUUUGAAUUAAAUCUAUUGACUUGUUCUAUAACUUAUUUACAUCGACAAAACUUUAGAUCUGAUGUUUUAGUUUCAUUUCAUUCACCUAUCAAACUUAAACCAAAGGAAAAUUUAGAUUUGAUUUCAGAAGAUUUAGAGAUUAGAAAGAUUGCAAUCAAUGAAUUAACUGAAAAACUAAGUGAAAGGAUUAGAUCUGGUACACUAGAUUCACCUUCUUGGGAUCUCAUCAAAGCUGCCAAUUUAGCUAGAACGAUUUAUGCUCCUUUUGGUACUAAGAUCGGAUUAGGAUCUCAUGUUAGACUUACUCAAAAAUUUAUUGAUGCAUUUGCUGGACGAGAUGGAUCAGAUUCAACUACCAGUUCAACCGAUUCAUUAGUCAAAAGUUUAUUAGAUUAUCAAAACAAAUUAAUUCAAUUAGGCAUUAAAGAUGAAAGGGUGGCUAAUAAUCGAUUGAUCAAAACUAGAGUGAUCUUUAAACGAUUAUUGGUUAGAUUAGUUGGUGCUGGAUUUUUAACUUCGAUUUGUUUUCCUGGAAUGCUUUUAUGGUUUCCAGCUUUUUUUACUGCUUGGUUUUUUGCUGAAAGACAAAAACGUACUGGACCUGCAUGGGAUACGUAUGAUGAGGUGACACAAACCAAACUUUUAUACGGUCUGGCAUCUGGUUUGAUCACCUAUUUCACAGUGGUCCUUUUUACAUUUCCGAUCUUCCCGAUCACUGCUGUCGGAGUUCCGCUAUUGAUGUGGUUCACCCUGAGGUGGCUAGAAGAUCUAGUUGCAACAUUAAGAGCAGCAAGAUCAUUAUCCAAAAUGUUAAUGUUAGGACAAAAAGAAUUAAAUUCACUUAGAAAUCAACGAAUCAAUUUAAUUGAACCGGUUAAAAAGAUUGCCAUUGAAAAAUGUAAAUUACCAAUCGAAAGUGAAAAGGUUUUGUUAGAUGAAAAAAACCUAUUGAAAAAAGAAUUGAUCAUCAAGAAUGGAAAAGUUAGUAGAUUAGGUUAUUUUUCGAUUAGAAGAAGAAGAAAGAAAGAUUAUAAUGAAGUUUUAAGACUUUGGGAUGUCGUUGAUAUGUGA